GAUCUAACGUGGAAAGCGUAGCACCCACCGACUCACCCGGCCGACACUAGACUCUGGGAAAACCAUUCAGAUGAGAGUUUUAUGAUUGUUAAAUGAAACUUGAAAUUGCAAUAUCCCUCUCCUUUGCUUGCCUUGGGACUUUGGGUUGUUAGUUAACGAAAAGACGAUGAGGUUUUUCCUUCACACCCACCCACAAUUAAUGGCGAUUCCCAUGAGACUCCAAUCAUUUGCUUCUGCUCAGAAAUGGGAAGGUGGGGUUUCAAUGGUUCAAGGAGCUUCUCGAGGAAUUGGUCUCGAAUUUGUUAAACAAAUGCUGGAAAAGAAUGGAAAAGGGCAUGUUAUUGCCACGUGUCGUAAUCCUACUAAGGCAACAGCGCUUCUUGAAUUAAAAAAUCAGUUUGCUGAACGCCUUAAUGUAUUACCAUUGGAUGUGACUGUUGAAAGGACUAUAGAGGAGUCAGCAAGGUCCAUAACAGAAAGAUAUGGCUCUCUUAACCUUCUCAUUAAUGCAUCAGGCAUUCUUUCAAUACCCAGUGUUCUGCAACCAGAAACUACACUGGGCAAAGUACAGAAGUCAUCCAUGAUGCUUGCUUAUGAGGUUAAUGCUGUGGGUCCUAUUUUAGUUAUCAAGCAUAUGUGGCCUCUUCUGAAAGUUGGAGGACUGCUUGGCAUUGACAGGGAUGUUGCAGUUGUGGCAAACAUAAGUGCCAGAGUCGGUUCCAUUGGUGACAAUCGUCUAGGGGGAUGGCAUAGUUAUCGCUCUUCAAAGGCUGCACUUAAUCAAUUGACGAAAACUAUUUCGGUUGAAUUUGCAAGGAAGAAAGACCCAAUUGCAUGCAUUCUUUUGCACCCAGGCACGGUGGAUACCGAUCUAUCGAGGCCAUUCCAAAGAAAUGUUCCCGCGGAAAAGCUUUUCACCAAAGAGUUCUCCGUGCAAAAGCUCUUAAACAUUAUUAACAACGCAAAACAACGGGAUAAUGGUAAGUUUUUUGCGUGGGAUGGUCGGGAAAUUCCUUGGUGAUUUACGAAUUUCAUUUUGAGAUUAUAAAGUUUUUAUUUGAAUAUAGCCAAAAAUAAAAAACAAAGGAUCAAAAUAUGUACGUGAAGUUAAUUUCAGAAUAGAUUUUUUUACGGGUA